GAAAGAUUGUAAACCCUUGGCAAGUGUAGUGCUGAAGUGAAUAAAGAUUCUAUUCUAUUCUAUUCUAAUAAACAUAAACGAAAAUAAGGUGGGAUCCCGGUGAUCCAAACGAUGUGGACCAGUCAUCGUAAAAUUAAAAAUCGCUUCUCGCAAAGUACGCGCAUUCGUGAAUUUUAUUUUUGCGCGGUUGACGAGCGGUUGGCUAGCCUGUCGUCGAACUUCAACCGGCUCUAUUCGACACAUUCCUAUUUUUCAAACGUACUGAUUGAGUGUCGAGAGCAGAGAGUCUUUCGGCCCGCCAGAAACUCUCUAUCGAGUGGCCAAUCGUCGUGUUCGACGGAACUAUCGUAUGACUCGAGAUAUCAGUGUUUACGGAGCACUCGUAUAAGUGAGACGUUGAAAUUUUUCAUCACACGCGCGUACGCAUAAAUACCUACAGCGACCAUGAGCGAACCUCAGUCGAAGAAAUCGAAGAACAUGAGUUCGUUGAGUCAAUUGAAGGAAUUCACCACAGUCGUCGCCGACACUGGCGACUUUCAAGAUUCGCAAUUUUUAUCGCGAUUUCUCGUGGAAUUUCUUCGAAAGAUUGUCCGAAAAAUCGAACGAUGUUGAAUAAAUUUAUUUGUGCAAUUGAUAAAACACGGAAAUUAGUUGCACACAUGCAAAAUACUGUGAUUCUUAUUUGCUGAAGCUAUGGAGCAGUUUAAGCCCACGGAUGCAACAACAAAUCCCUCGUUGAUUCUUGCUGCUGCUAAUCAAAAGAAAUAUGCUCAUUUAAUCGAGAAAGCCGCGGAAUGUGGAAAAAAGUCUGGAUCCACUUUGGCAGAACAAGUUGAAGCAGCCCUUGAUAUUACAUGUGUUCUAUUUGGCAAAGAGAUCUUAAAUAUAAUUCCAGGGAGAGUUUCUACAGAGGUGGACGCUAGAUUGUCGUUUAACAAAGAGGGUAGUAUCGAGAAAGCAAAAAGAUUGAUUGCUUUGUAUGAAGGACUUGGAGUGAGCAAGGAACGCAUCUUGAUUAAGCUUGCAUCGACUUGGGAAGGCAUUCAAGCAGCAAAAGAAUUGGAAGAAAACUAUGGAAUUCACUGCAACUUGACGUUGUUGUUCUCUUUUGCCCAGGCUGUUGCUUGCGCAGAAGCUGGAGUUACUCUUAUUUCGCCGUUUGUUGGUAGAAUUCUUGACUGGUAUGUGACAAAUGGAGAUAAAAAAUCUUACGAGGCUAAGGAGGAUCCAGGCGUUAUUUCUGUUACGAAAAUUUAUAAUUAUUAUAAAAAAUUUGGAUACAAAACGGUUGUGAUGGGUGCUUCAUUCAGAAACGUUGGUGAAAUUAGGGAACUUGCCGGUUGUGACUUGCUUACUAUAAGUCCUAAAUUAUUGGAAGAAUUGGAGAAGAGUAAUGAGCCCGUACGCAAAGUAUUAAAUGCGGAAUCGGCGAAAAAGUGUGAUCUUCAAAAGAUAAGCCUAGAUGAAGCUGAGUUUAGAUGGCUUUUAAAUGAAGAUCAAAUGGCGACCGAUAAGUUAUGCGAAGGUAUUCGUAAAUUCGCCGUUGAUGUACGCAAGCUUGAGAAACUACUGCAGGAAAAAAUCCAAAAUUAAAAUUGACAGCAUUAAAAUGACAGCAGAACUUGACAAUGCCUUUAGGUAUGUACAACGACAUAAUAAUUUAUAAAGGCAUAAUAUUAAAUGUACAAAUACAUUCCUGUUAUUAACAAUAUGUAUAAAAUAAUUAUUUUUAAUAAUUAACUUGCGUGUGAAAAAUGUAAAAAAAAGAAUAAGUGGAAGGAAUAAAGGUUACUUAUAUCCAAAUAAAAUUACUUUUUAAGAUAAAA